AUGGCCACGGCGGCGGGACAAACGAUCGCGAGCAUGCUGGAACCGAGGGAUGCUGGCGCCGCGACUCGACAAAGCGCAACGGCGGGGGCUGGUGCGGGCCCCAGUACAAGCACCAACGCCAACGCCGGUGCGAGUACGACCGACUUGACCAACUCGGAGUUUGUCGAGACGCGUUCGGUCAGUCCCGCACGACGGGGUAGUCGUCUCGUUGGCGGCUGAACGUAUCGGAGCUGACCUGCCAUCUCCCCGACCCCACCCACACAUACUCCCUCACGCGGCAACGACUGCGAGACUGCGCUGCGCACUCCGUAGGUCACCCUCGAUUGGAAAGUCACCAAUCUCAAGGUCUUGUUCGAGUCGAGCAAAGGCGACACCAAGAGCAAGUGUGUCAAGGUCAGUCGGGGCCAGCCGUGCGCGUUGCGCAACCCCGUCAGUGCCGUCACCCAAGUCGGGCCGUCCGAGUCGCUCACGUCGUUCGCCGCGCUCCCGCCCAGUCGGCUCUGUUCGACAACCACCGAUGGCAAGUCUUUCUGUACCCCAACUCGGGAGUAGAGCAAUACGUAUCACUCUGUCAGUCCAUUGCUCCGGAGCGCAUCCUUGUCGCCCGCUCCAACUCGGGACUGACCCUGACCCCCCACAUGACCCGUCCCAUCCUCAGAUCUGUCGUGCGAACCGACCGCCGCAGAAAAGGAACGCGGAGCCGCCGAGAGGGCCGGUUGGUCCUCUUCCAACACGACCACGAGUCCUCCUUCCGGAUCUGCUGUUGGAGGUGCCGCAGCAGGGCGUCAAUCGGGCGGUUCCGGCGCGCUGUCCAAGGACGUCAAGGGUCCGUGGCGCCGCGAGGGCAGCUUCAAGUUCACCUUUGAGGCGAGUCACCAGGGCCGAAGCUGCUCAUAUCCACUGCCAAAACAUCCAAUCUUGCGCUCAAGCUGACUUGGGCUCAUCACACGCUCUCUUCCAGGCCCGCACCGUCGAUCGGCGCAUGACGUUCAAGCAAAUGGAAGCCAACGACCACUCCUUUUCCGACUCGGCUCGCAACUGGGGCUACGCCAAUUUUUGGAAGCGUUCGGAUGCGUACUACAACAACCCUCAAGUGCGCCUUGCCGAUGCCUUCCUCAUCUCGUGCACGAUCGUCUAUUCGCCGACGCCGCCGACGCCUCCUCCUUUGCCGAGAUUGUUGAUCCCCAAGGACCUCGUCGCGGCGUAUGCGGCCAUGUUCGACGACCCCGACUAUUCCGAUGUCGUUUUUCGGAUACGUCCCUCCAACCGCCCGAAUGUACGAGAGAAGAGGCUCUACGCCGCCAAGAAGAUUUUGGCCGGACGAUGCGAAUACUUUGACACGAGUAAGUGCUGUCGAUCUCUCCCAGUACAUGCGCAUCCUGUUGUUGUGCCGAGCAAACUACUCAAACCUUUUUUCAUCGACUUUAGUGUUCAACUCGGGCUUUCACGAGUCGUCGUUGGCUCAUGUGUCUCCGAUCACGGGCGGGCUGAAGGCGAACAGCUCGCCCAGCCAGUUCGCCGAACUCGACGACGAAGACGAACUCGACUUUUCCGAGUCCGACAAUGAGGAAGACGACGACUGGGAUGAGGAUGACGACUCGGAUGUCGAUGACAGCCAGGCCGACGACGCGUCGGAUGAAGAUGCUCAAUCGGAUGGUGCGGCCCCGGAGGUAACGCAGACCGACCUGUCGGCUUCGCUUCCUCGUCGCGAUGGUGGAUCGAUCGGCCAGCUUCUUCCUGCCCAGACUGUUGGCAUGGAUCGAGGUAAUUCGUCAUCGUCUUCAGUGGGCGGACAGCAAUCAGGACCCUCGAUGGCGAUCGCUAAUCAACCGAGAUCGGACCAUGGCUCGCGACCGUCCUCGGCAGCGGUCUCGGAUGAUGAAGGGGAACGACUGCGUUGUAAUGACGAUACGCACCGAGCUCUUUCAGACUCAGACGAGGGCGCUGAGGAUGGUGGAAACCGUACCCUCGAACGAGCGGCGAGGGCUUCGAGGGACGGAGGAGCGCUGACUUUUGUCGACGCACCCGUGGCCCCUGAGUCGCCCGUCAAACCUGCGCCGACGAAGAAGGCUCGCCCCGACCGUAGGGAUGAAUUUGGAUCGAAAGCGAGGUCGAGGGCUGUUGACUCGAGACCUAGGUUCGAGGUGGUGGUCACUGAUGCCGCGUGAGUGUUGGAACCUCAUGACCAGGGGCUAUGUUUGACCGCGCGCAAGAGUGCUCACACUGGUGUUAUGGCCCUUCUUCCGCCCUCAGCUACCACUCGUACCGCGCCCUUCUUCACUACCUCUACACCGACUCGAUAACCUUCGCACCUUUGGCCUCGACGUACCACGUCGCCAGGGAUGCGGCUCUCGCCUUCGACACCCCCUUCCCGUUCUCGAGUCGACGCGCCUACUUGCUCGCGAACACGCCUUGGCCGCAGUCGAAAGGAGGAGCAGGGCCCUGUAGCGCCAAAGCGAUGUAUCGUUUGGCGGAUAAGCUCGGUUUACCCGAACUGAAGGAGAGGGCUUAUGAACGUGAGUUCGGUCACGUUCCCGCGUCGACGAGGGCAGUGGUCCUAAGCAAACCGUUCCGUUCCUGACGCAAUACAGAUAUCGUCAAAUCACUCACCGCCCAAAACGUAAGUCGAGAAUGCGUAGUUCGAAGAUUGCUCUACUCACAUACGGACCUGCCGAUUUUGCAUCUCACUCAGAUCCCCUACGAAGUGUUCGGCUCUUUCGCGGCUCGGUUCGACGAGAUCAAGCGCGUCGAAAUCGCCUUCUUGCUCGAACGCUGGAACGAUAUCAAGGCGUCGCAUGGGCUGCGCAAGGUGUUUGCCUUCAUUCGUGGGAACCGAUUCCCAGGUCAGUAUCAUUCGGGUCGCUGCCGGACGCCUACGGCCGCGUAGGGAAAACCCUGGGCCUUUAUUCGGCUCUAAGCUGACUGAUGUCUGUUUUGUGCUCCAAACUUAGGUUUCGAGGAGGUGUGGUUGCGCAUCAUCGACCACUUGGAAGUCAAGAUGACCCCUGGGAUCGAAGGGGACGACAUGAGGAUCUGA